AAGGCGGAAGAGGAUUGCGUGAGAUCUCGGCCUGGCUGCCAAGGGAGCGCUUCCUCCCCACUUCCCCCGAAGUUUGGGGCCCAUUGCUUUGGAAGGGGCCUCGCCAUGCAGCCGGCCGUCUUGGUCACCACCAGAUCUCUUCAAAAUGCUCACACAGGGAUAGAUCUGUCUGUCCCAGAGUACCAGGAAAUCCGUGGAAAGAUGCUUUCUGGCCAUGUGGAAUACAACAUCGUUGUUGUUACUCAGGUGGCUGCAUUCAAAUCAGCAAAGCACAAGCCAGAAGAUAUCAUCCAGUUUAUGGUUUCUAAAAAAUACAGUGAGAUUGAAGAGUUUUAUCAAAAGCUGGUCACACGUUAUCCCCAGGCCUCUCUGCCACCGCUGCCAAGGAAAGUGCUGUUCGUUGGAGAAUCUGAUAUUCGAGAACGAAGAGUUGCCUUCAAUGAGAUCAUGAGAUCCAUUGCAAAGGAUGCGGGUCUUGCCACAAGCCCAGAAUUACUGGAAUUCCUAGGAACUAGAUCUUCUAUCACCACUGAUGUUAAGGGGAAAAACCUGCCUGAUAAGGAAGAGGAGGAUGAAGAAAAUGAAGCCUUUGAUUUCUUCAAAGAAGAGAGAAUUUCUGAUGUCAUUCCCCAGUUCCCUUCACCAAAAAAACCAGAGGUUAAAGUGGAAAAAGAAAAGGAGGAGGACGAGGACGAGGAGGAGGAAGAUGUUGAUCCACUUGGUGUUCUCAAAUCUAAAAAGACCAAGAAGCCCAAGCCUUCUCCAGCGAAAAAAAACAAUCCAGCACUAACCAUUUUUGAUGAAGAAGUGAAUCAAGAUGAAGGAUUGUUUGGCUCUUCUAAAGAUUUUCCAUUCAGUAGCAACAAAAGGAUUUUGGCAGCCAAUGAAAAUCUCAAAUUAUUUGAAGAUCCUGAUCUUGGUGGAGUGGUAGCUCUUGGUGACUCAUUGUUAUUGCCGACUGCCUGUGCAAGUCAACAACAUGCAUUAAGCGCUAGCCUUGAAGAGGACACUGAGCAACUGCUGAGAGUGGAAGAUGAUUUUGAGAAAAUGUGGAAGCCCAAGUCCAAACCCAAGUUACCACCUAAGCCAAUAGUACCUAAGAAGCCUUCAACAGCAGCUCCUAAAGUCCCCGAAACACCAGUCUUGAAAUCCAAGCCAACGGAAGUGAAGAUCCAAGCCAUGGGCGGAGUUGAUAUUCUCAAGUACAUUCAGGAAAAUGAAUCUGUUAGCAGUGAAGAACCAAGUCUGUUCUGAAAAACAAAUGGAUGAGAAUCUUUCUCAGGAAGAUAUCCCGACACCAGCCUUCUGCAUGAAGAUGGACAGAGAGAAUUUUUUUGCCAGGGAUCUUGGUUGCCUCUUCACAUACUGCCUCAUUUAGAUAAAGAAAAAAGGAAUAUUGGUUCAGACUGUGACAAGGAGGAGAUAAUGAUUGCAUGUGUUUUUUACUACAAAGCAAUUAUAGUCUAAUCAAUGAUGCCUUAUUUUUAAGAUAAUGUAAAGAGUGGGGCUAGAAUUACGUUGAAAACCUAGUUCCUUGUUCUGAAGCUGUUGAUCACACUAAUGAAAUGCUUUCAUAGAGCAUAGCAUGGGCCAAACAGAUCUUUUUGGUUAAUGACAAAAGGGCUAAGGAAUAAUGGCUACAGACCAAAUAGUGUGGGUGGUGAAGUAAUAUUAAAUAAUAUUAUGGGUUCUUGUUUACUUUUGUAAACUGGAAAUAAUUUAAUUUCUUUGUCUUAUCUCUCCUGGGAAGAUCUUGCUGGAAAUUGUGUCAUACUACUAGAAGGGAGGGUGAGGCAAUCAUCUCAGACAACAGAUGCCUGAAGAUUAGCAUUGGUAGCCAUCAAGGCAUUCAUGACCAGCCCCUUGGCCUUUUCCCUCAGUUGGGGUCUCCCUACCCUAGUCUCAGAAUUUAGAGCUGCAUUUGUCCACCUCCAACAAUGUAUGUGUUAGAUCCUCCAGUAGGACUUUAUGGUAUUCUUGGGUCUGAGGUUUUUCAUUUCAGUAGGGUUUGCUAUUAUCCAUGGAUUCAUAUAUCCAUCAAAGUCCAAGUGUACGCCGCCUUGGGUCCCUUCGGGUGAGAAGGGUGGGAUAUAAAUGUUGGAAAUAAAUAAAUAAAUAAAUAAAUAAUAAGAAUGUAUCCCUCACAGGUAUGGGGGUUGUACCAUAUUACACUUUGAUCAUUAAAUUAGACAUACUGUUUUUUCUGGACAUAUAAAAUUACCUAACUUUUUAAAUGAACCUACCCAUAGCUUUCCCAUUACUUCCAACUCAGGUGAUUGAGGCCCACAAAAUAAAUUUAAGCCAUACAGCUAUAUUGAUUGCCUUUUGAAUAUAGACUGAUUUGAAAAGGGAAGGAAAGUAUUUGAAGCACUUUAAUAUAUAUAUAUAUAGUGUGUGAGAUGCCUGUAACACUGUUUGAAUAAAGUGAAAUUAUUAACUAGUGCUGAAAUUAAAUAUUCUCUCCUGGAAAAGAGAAACAUGAUGGUGCAUGUCAUCAUAUGAAAUGAUAAACUUACAAUAGCUGUACAAGUUGGAUUGGAAAACAUAGCCAUGUUAGGGUUUAACAUUAUUUAAUUUUAGCAUUAAAAGAUAUAAUGAUUAAGGGCCUGCCUGCUCGCUGCUUGGCAUCAGCUAUAUCUGUGCAGGGAGCCUUCACACACACACACACACACACACACACCCGCCCCGCUGCCUUGCUGCCCGGCCACUUUAAGAGCUCCUACCUCCUUGCUGCCCAGUACCUGCAACAUCUGCUAAUGUGUGAGGACUACUUGCCUGGACUGCUCUCUGAGGCGGACCCCAUCACAAACCUUAAUUAUAAUUGCAUUGCCUACAAGAUCGAUCAUUGAAAGCUAUACAAAUCAUCAUACAAUCAUGUCUGGUGGUUUGUAUAGUUUUAAAUGAUUUUAAUGUAGAGUUAUAUGUUACUGUUUUAAGAUAUGUGAUGUAUUGUUUUUAUAUGUAUGUGAGGCAUUGAAUUUUUGCCAUUUAUUACGCUGUACACCGCUUUAAGUCCCCCUGCGGGUGAGAAAAGCAGCAUAGAAAUGCAAUAAAUAAAUAAAGGAAUUCCUUUGAGACUGAGAAAAAGGGCACACUUCCAUAAACUUCAGUCCUCUUCAACUGAUCCAGAAGCUUAUGCCAGAAAUUUGUAUUUCUCAGGAAAUCCUAAUGGAGAUGGAACUAUUGUUGUAAAUGGAGCUUACAGACAGGUGCUGAAAUCCUGUAUAGCCUGUUAUGCUAUGUAGACCUAUGUAAGGUCCCUUCUACACUGCCAUAUAAUCCAGAUUAUCAAAGCCGUUAAUUCACAUUAUCUGCUUUAAAAUGGAUUAUAUGAGUUUACAUUGCCAUAUAACCCAGUUCAAAGCAGAUAAUCUGGAUUUUGUAUGGCAGUUUAGAAAGAGCCUAACCAUGUACUGAAUUGCAAAGAUGCGUAAUAAGACACUGACAAUAAGAUGCCCAGUGCUCAUUGAUGGCUAACAUACAUCAGGACUAAUAUAAUGCACUUACUAUAAUAAAAAUAUACAAAAAUGCAACUGGGUAAAGCCUGGAUAAAAUAAUAAUGAAGAAGGGUUAGUGGUGUGUCUUCAUCCCAAGAAAUGCAGAAUCAUCACCUGAAGUCUUUCUGUUUAUCUUCCUUUUCUUUAUGAGAAUGAAUUACAGACAGUGAAGUGGGGAAAUUUGGCAAAGGGGAAAAUGCAGGCAGGAGAUGCACCUUUUAAAGCUGCAUGUUGACAACAUAAAUAGUAUGAAUUUUAGUGUAUUUACUCAAAAGCAAAUCCCCUGCCUGUGGGUAUUUAAGAAUGCCACCCAAAAAAGUUCAGCUCCAGCUGUAACCCUCCUUAUUCUUUUGUCAUUUACUGUUUUAUUGAACCAUAAAGUCUUUGGGAGCUUU